AUGGGUGAUCUUCAAGUAGUUGGUGGAAUCAAGAAACUCAACAACCAAAACUACAAUUCUUGGUCAACAUGCAUGAUGUCGUACUUGCAAGGCCAAGACUUGUGGGAAGUAGUAAACGGAAACGAGGUUACGUCUCCAGAAACUGAAGACACGAAUGGUAUCUUACGGAAAUGGAGAAUCAAAGGGGGUAAAGCAAUGUUCGCCUUGAAGAUCACAGUCGAAGAAGAUGUACUAGAGCAUAUACGUGAUGCCAAAACUCCACAGGAAGCUUGGAAUACAUUUGCCAAGCUGUUCUCCAAGAAGAAUGAUACGAAGCUCCAACUCUUAGAGUCUGAGUUGCUGUCAGUGUCACAAUGCGACAUGACGAUCUCACAGUACUUUCAUAAAGUAAAGUCGCUAUGCCGGGAGAUUUUUGAGUUGGAUCCGGAGGCUCUUAUUGGUGAUACUAGGAUGAAGCGCAUCAUCAUUCAUGGCUUGAAGCCAGAAUUUAGGAGUUUCAUUGCUGCCAUACAAGGAUGGCAAGUUUAA